GAGCCUCUUUCUUCCCUUUCUUUUUUUCCUUUCUUCAAAUCUUCUAACGGAGAGAGAAAGUAUAAAGAAAAAGAAAAUCGCACAAAAUAAACAGAGAGAAAAAGAAAAGAAUAAAAAAAACACAAACUUUCAUCGUCUUUCGUGUGAGUGGAAGAUGAAGAAGUGCGAACUGUGUAAGCUUCCGGCCAGGAUUUUCUGCGAGUCGGACCAGGCCAGUUUAUGCUGGGACUGCGACGCCAAGGUUCACAGCGCAAACUUCUUGGUCGCCAGACACUCGCGAACCCUCCUCUGCCGUACGUGCCACUCUCCCACGCCGUGGAAGGCCGCCGGAGCCAGACUCUCUAACGCCGCCUCCAUCUGCCACCGCUGCGCCGCCUCCGCCGCCUCCGCCGCAGAAGAACCGGACGAGACCGAAUCCGGCAAUGACGAGGAACCAAGCACGGAGGAGGACGAUGUCUCCGGCGAGGAAGACGGCGAGAACCAGGUCGUGCCGUGGUCCUCCACACCGCCUCCGCCGGCGAGCUCCUCCAGCAGCGAGUGGUCGUCGUUCAGCGGGUGCAAAAACGACGACGACGAAGGUGCUUCUGUUUCCGUAUGUGAACCGGAAACGACAACAUCCUCUUUGAAACGACAACGCGAGAACGACGACGGUGUAUCCGGCCGUGAUCCGCAGGGGUUUGGAAGGGUUGCGCAUCUCAACGGAGGUGGCGUAUGACGGAGAAUCGUUGGAGGAGAUUUCAACCACUCGCUACGACGACGUUUCGUGUUGGGGAAAGCAAGAGUCUCUGAACCGUACGAUGGACCAAGAUAUUUUAGCUCUUUCAUCAUUAACUUAUAAUCUAACCGCUUACAAUAGAGUACUGGUUUUUUACUGUAGGAUGAUUAUGAUGUGUGUUUAACAUCAAGUUUUCCUUUAUUGGUUUCUAAUUUAAGACAAACGUUACCAUAUAAUCUUGAUUAUUGUAAGUUGUAACCCUUUUAUAUGUCUAAAUAAAAUGUCCGAUUAAUUUUUGAA